GGGCGAGGAAGAGGGAAGGAGGUGUCACGUGACCGCUGUAGGAUUCCCAACAUGGCGGCGGGGGGAGCGGCGGGUGUCGUGAGCCUCAGGAUUUAAAGCAGCGGCCCUUCCCACCGUCUUGAGUGAUCCCGGGCUGGUUUCGGGCGCGACUCUUUGCCCCGUGGUUUCGCUUGGUUUCCCCCCCCCCCCGCUUUGCUCUGCUCCGCUCUCGCACUACCCGGCCGCCAUGAGGGAAAAGGGCCGCAGGAAGAAGGGCAGGACCUGGGCAGAGGCCGCCAGGACGGUCCUGGAGAAAAAUCCCAACACACCUAUGAGCCAUAAAGAGAUCCUUCAGGUUAUCCAAAAAGAAGGAUUGAAAGAGAUCAGUGGGACUUCUCCUCUUGCAUGUCUGAAUGCUAUGCUGCACACCAAUUCCCGUGGGGAUGAGGGCAUUUUCUAUAAGGUCCCCGGGAGGAUGGGUGUCUACACACUGAAGAAGGAUGUUCCAGAUGGGCUGAAAGAACUGUCUGAAGGCUCAGAAGAGAGCAGCGAUGUGCAGUCGGAUUCUCCCACCUCAGAAAGCAGCAGCAGCAGCAGUGACAGGAGCAGUAACAAGGAAGGGCGGAAGAGCAGGUGGCGAAGGAAAGUAUCAACCAGACUCUCACAAGUGUCCUCUCCCCAGCCAGGCUGCCCGUCUCCUUCUAUUCCACCAGGUAAAGUCAUCUCAUCGUCUCAGAAGCACAGCAAAAAAGCACUCAAGCAGGCUCUGAAGCAGAAGCAGAGGAAGCAGCAGCAGUGCCGAGCCAGCUUGCCAGUCUCCUCCAACCACCUCCUCCUGCAGCAGCACACAAAGGCUGUCAGCCACUCUGUUCCUGCAAAAUCUGCCUGGGAAGGAAAACAAUCUGAUGGACACUCGAGUAGCCCCCAGAAUUCGACUUCUAGUUCAUCUCCCUCAAUUAAAGCCGAGCCCUCCCUCCCAGUCCUGGGGAAGAAGCCAUUCCAGAGAUCUGAGCGGCUCCAUGCAAGGCAGCUGAAGAGGACAAAAUGUGCUGAAAUUGACGUGGAGACCCCAGAUUCCAUCCUGGUGAACACCAACCUUCGGGCCCUGAUCAACAAGCUCACCUUCUCUCUUCUGCCAGCUGACUGUCAGCAGCGGCUGCUCCUGCUGCUCCCUGAAGUGGACAGGCAGAUUGGGGUAGAUGGGCUGUUGAAGCUCAGCAGUUCUGCCCUCAACAACGAGUUCUUCACUUCUGCUGCCCAAGGGUGGAAAGAACGACUGUCAGAAGGGGAGUUCACUCCUGAAAUGCAGCUGAGACUUCGGCAGGAAUUAGAGAAGGAGAAGAAAGUGGAACUGUGGAAGGAACGCUUCUUUGAGAGCUACUAUGGACAGAGUUCUGGGCUGAGUCCUGAAGAAUUCAAGCAGCUGACGUCUUACAUCCCCACAUCUCAGGCACAGGCUAAGAAUUCAGCAGUUCAGCUGCAGCAGUUCAUGCCCACCUUGGUUGCUGUCUCGAGCAAAGAGGCAGCCCCUCCUGUGGAUCCAAAGGCACAGGAUCAUUUAGUAUCAUCGCCAUCACCACCACCACCACCACCAGCAGCAGCAAGCAAAGGAGAGGAAGAGCAGCAGCUCCAAGCCCCCAAGCCAGCAGAGUCUGUAAGCUCCUCAGAUAGCAGUCUCCCCUCCAGAUUCAGUGACCAAACUCCCUGUGGGCCUUCCAGAGGGACUGAAGAGCCAGGAAAGGAGGUGCCGCAGGUUGGCAGCUUGGAGUCCCCAGCGAAAGAAAGCUCAAGCAAACCAAAGAGUCCAGCAGCAGCAGCAGCAGGCAAUGAAGUCACUCCAGGAGAGGAUUCUCAGAAGACACCUGCCAAGGAAGCCUCUGUCACUGGCACAGAACAGAUGGACAUCGGAGUCCAGGGUCUCAAGAGGAAAUCAGAGAGUUCUGAACAGGCAUUGGCUACACCCGAAAAACGGCCCCACAUCGUGGAGAACAGCCGCUCCAGCCCUCCUUUUCAAAGCCCGCCACAGCCCUUUCCGGCAGCGCCCGUGCCAAAGGUCCCUCCGCUCAGGAUCCCUGUCUCCAGGAUCCAUGGGACCCCGCUGCCAUUUCCUGCCAGCCAGGUCUCUCCCGGGCCCGGCUUCCCUUGCACCAUCACCAGUCCCAGGAGAACAGGGGCCAGGACCCUGGCGGACAUCAAGGCCAGAGCCCAGAUGGCCAGGGCCUGGCGGGCAGCAGCUGCUGCCGAAGCAGCAGCCUCCAUGGCUGCUACUGCUGCCUCCAUUGUGGGAACCAUCCCAGGCCCGGGCCCAGGAGGAGGGAGGAAGGGAGAGGAGGGGGGCAGCACAGCAUCAGGGGAGCCCCAUGGAGCUGCGACCCAGGCAAACACACCAGACCUGGCAGGUACUGGAAGCGGGGCAAGUUCAAGAAAGCCUUUGUCCUCUGGCCCAGGUCCCUGGGCCCCAACGGUGUCUCCGACGACGGAGCAGGCGGCUCCCUGCGGUGUUGCUAGAACACAGUUACAGCCGGUUGCCUCCCUGCAGUCCAGAACUCCAGGCAAUUGCCCCACCACAGAGAUCCCAUCAGCCACCCAGCCAGCAGUAGCGAGCAUCGGCCCCUUGGCAUCCUCCACAAGCCAGGGUACCCGGGCUUCUCUGAGCUCGAGUUGUGGCCUUGGGCCAGGGAUGGAUCAGCCUGGAAAGUCCUCUUCUGCUCUCAGCCAGCCUGCAAGAGUGGCUUGUGACCCUGAGCCCAGGCCAGCCAGCAAAAAUCUCCCCGAGGCAGCCCUCGCUUCCAGCACAGGCGUGUUACGAGACGCAGCACACUCUCCUUCUCUGCCUCUGUCGUCAGCUGCACCCUUCAAGGCGCCCCCUGCCCCUCCAGCUGGCACUGCGACGCCACCCCCUGUGGCUGCUCCAUCCCCUAGCACUUUGUCAGUCACCCAUGGCCUUAAAGUGCCCCCGACCACCUCAGGAGCGGCUGAAAUUGCGCCUUCCCCAAAGACGAGUUCCAGCAUUCCUGCAAAUAACCCCUUGGUUGCUCAGCUGCUUCAAGGCAAAGAUGUCCCAAUGGAGCAGAUCUUGCCCAAGCCCUUCACUCGAGUCGAGAUGAAGACCAUCCCAUUCCCUGUGGAAGAGCAGAAAGAGCCAGGAGUCCCAGCCAGGCCUGGUGAGAGGCAGCCUUACCAGGUCCCGUUGCAGGCCUGUGGGAAGCCGGGCUUCAGUCCUAGCAGGCAUCAGAUCCCCCAUGGUGUACAGCCCUUUCCUCCUUUCACAGGCCACGAGCUGUGGAAUGCCACUGCUGACUUACACCCCAGCCAGGAAGCCUUGGGCCAAGUAGCCCGUGAGCAUAUCCUCCAGACCCUGAUGCAGAGGUUGUCCAGGCAGAAGCUGCCCUCUCCCACCACACCGCCUUCCCAGCUCCCUCUCCUGCCUCCAGAUUUCCCAGUGGAAAGCGGCUCCACCAGCCAGAGCUUCAUGCUGGGCUUCACGGGGAGAAGGACAUCCAAGCCGGCAAUGUCCGGCCAUUACCUCCUGAACGUUUCCACCUAUGGCCGUGGCUCUGAGCACCUCAGAAGGAAACUUGCCACACACCCAGAGAGCCACGCGUCCACAGAUGGACCCAAAAUGGAGCUUGAAGAACAGGAGCAAGCUGCUGAAUGCAAGAGCAGCGGGGAAGACGGCGGAGACACGGAGGGGGAUGGCACUGCUGACGAGGAGGAGUGUGUUGUGGUUAAGGAAGAACUUGUGACCCACGAGGGAAGAGAAGAGCGGAUGACCCCCCGGGCAGGCAAUGUGAAGGCAGAGCAAGUAGCUGCAGUCUGGAAGACACAGGGUGCCCAAUUUGCUGCUGCAGGAAGGGGUUUUAUUCCAGCAGCCCAAGGAAAGAUGGCACAAACAACAAGGGUGGAAAUGAGGCCUUGGAGCACGGAGCUGCACCUAGACACCUCAGCAGACUCAACCCCACUCCAGCCCCUGCUCCUCUCUCCCUCACCGCCUUCACGGCUCUUUGGGGGUCCCGCCACGACACAGCUCGUUGGCCCAGGCUACAGUGGCACCAUCAACGUCUCCACCUCGCCAGACAUGCCCCAGGAGGCGCUCCUGACAGGGCUGUCUGACCCCAACAGCAUCGGAGACGUCGUGUCCUUCUCUGUGACGGUGACGACCAUCCCCGCCAGCCAUUCAGGAAGCACAGGAAUCCGUGGGCAGCCCCUCCCUGCCCAGGCCUUUUCUGACACUGGCGGCUUGGAGGAUCUGCCCUCCAAGUGUUACUGCCGUUUGAAAGCCAUGAUCAUGUGCAAGGGCUGCGGGGCCUUUUGCCACGACGACUGCAUCGGCCCCUCCAAACUCUGUGUCUCCUGCCUGGUGGUACGGUAGCAUCUCCCUUGCAAGACUAGCUGUUCACUUGGGGCAUCGUGCCCACCGUCUGCUUGCUUUCCGUUGAGAGUGCGGGCACCAUGUACAGCCAGCCGAAACCUUGGGACAAGUGUUUGCACUUAAGGAAUCAUGUAAAUAGGUUGCAUCAGUUUUUUUUUGUCUUAAAAAGUAUUUUUUUUCCUUGUUUCAAUCUUCA